UUAAAAAAAAGCAAUACAAAUGGUUGAGAUUAGGAAAUAUCGUAAUUUAUGUGAUUUUUUAGAUUUCACUCGUUAAAUUAGUGUUUAGCUAAUGAUCUUGCUUGUAUUACUAAGUGAUAUGAAGUAUAAUAGUUUUAAAAUAAUAUCUUUGUGAACGUGCUAUUUAAUACGUCCUUCAAGAUGGAUGUUGUCGGCAGUGAGAUUGGGCAGAAAAUGCGGUCGGCCAUCAAAGCCAAGCUGACAGAACUGGGCUGCUAUGUCGAUGAUGAACUCCCAGAUUACGUAAUGGUGAUGGUCGCGAACAAGCGCACUCGCACGCAGAUGGAGGAUGACCUGCAGUUGUUCCUCGGAGACAAUACCGAGCUGUUUGUCAACUGGCUUCAUCAGGUCUUGAAGAAGCUACAGGAGGUCACUAUUGCACCUUUGAAAGGAGAAACAGAAAAAAUCAAAGAAAAGUCGAAAGAUAAAAAGUUGAAAGAUAAAAAAGAUAAAGGCAAAUUGAAGAAAACUGACAACUUGAAGAAAGCCAAGAAGAAAGAUAAAGAAAAGGAAAAGUUGCGAAAGAAAGAGGAGAAGAAAUCGCACAAGAGUAAGAAGAAGAGUAAACAUCAUGAGAUGAUUCGUCCGAACAUUCCUCCGUUACUCAUGAAUAUAGAGAAGGAGUCAGAGCCCUCGAUAACAGAUGUGUUUGCUGGACAGAUACUGAAAAACCACGGCAUUAUUAUCGAUACUCCUAAAGAAGAAAAGAUUGAGGAUAAAAAGCCUGUUGUUACAGAGUUGAAGAGGCCAAUGAAACCUAUAAUAGAUCCUGCAACAAUAGAUAGUCAACCAGAACCAAUAGAACCCACUUCAAUAGUUAUAUCAAGUCCUCAGAAUAUUGAUGUCGAGUCGACUGCACCAAAAGAAGACCAAAUAAAAGAAAUUAAUGAAAUUGAAGCUAAAAUCCAAGGUCUAAAACAGAAAUUAGCUGAGCAAUUGGAUUCUAUGUCUGAUGAUGAGGAUUUCUUAAACAUUAGAACUGAGGCCGAAGAGCUUAUGAAUGAUUUCGCUGAAGAUGUCUUUCAGGAAAUCUCAUCACAAACACCGGCUGUGUCCACUCCCCCCUUAAUUACUAGAAAGUCCCCCACACCCCCGCCACCUAAGGCCCCUGAGCCUAAAGAACCUGAAAUCCUACCACAGAUAGAACUUAAACUACCGAAAAGGCCGGUAAGAGAGAGAUUGGGCGCCAGAGAAGAGAAGAAAGCAGAAGUCCCUCCUGUGAAAGAAAAAGAAAAAAGGACAGAGAGUCCCGAAAGGUUCACACCGGAACGCGAUCCAGAUUUCUGGGGUAAGGCGCCACCGGCCAAGAAUCGCUUCGGAGACCCACCUCCCGAGCCUCGCAAGACGAUCUCUGUUUCGGAGGAGUCGGAUAAGUCUGAUGGCAGCACGAAGAAAGUGUCUUCAAAGGUGUCGGGCGCGCGUGGGGGCUGCGCGUCGGUGGUGCGCGUGCGGCCGCGGCCGCGGGUGGCGCCCGCCUCCAGCCUGCUGCUGCGGGCCGUGGCCGACGCACACAAGAGCCUGCUCAAUAUACCACCGAAAGUAGACGUGGAACAACCAAAGGUUAAACGAGCACUUGUCCUCCCGAUGCGGCGGUGUGUGGAAGCUCAGAACAUCGUCAUACAAGUGCCGGCUGAUAGGGAAGCCGAGAACAGGCGAGACAACCGCGAAAAGGAUAUGAGGCAUAAACUGGAUUCUAUGGAGAAGGAGAAGGAAGAAUACGUCCCGGCGCCGCUCAGUAAGAAGAUCAACAACUCUGACUACGUGCCUUCACGGCGCAUCGACCGCACCGCCAGCAAGAAGGACGACACGCUUAUCAUUGAGACUAUAAACAUCCACAACACAACUGUAGAUAAAGACAAAAACACACAGUUCAUAGUGACUAUGGAUGGUUUUAACCCCAACGCCUUUCUAGCCAAGAAACUGAAGACUGAAGGUAUACUAGACGACGUACAGGACAAAUCUAAGGAAGCCAAGUCUCUAAAACAAGCGAAAUCUGUGCUAAAAAUACCAGAUAUCGAAGCAACCAAAGACACAAAAGAUAAAGAUAAAAACAAAGAUAAUGUUGAAGAUGAUUCAGAUAAUAUUCGAAUUACAGUUGAAAAAGAAGACGAUUUAGAAUUACCUCCCAAUAAAGCUGAUGAAAAGGAAGUUACAGAAAAGUCUCAAGAGAAACCUGUAGAAGUAACUCCAAAGAAGCGUCUGAGUGACACAAGUGAGGAUAGUGACACGCAAGUAAUUAUAAAACGGGAGGGAAAAGAACUAGACAAUAAACGCAAAAGCUCUGAAGAACCAAAACUGCUAGAAUCUCCUCCGGUUAAGAAAAGGAAAGCGUCGCCAAUAGUAUUUGAUGUUAAGAAGGAAAAAGUAAAGGAUGAAACUGUGAAAACAAGGGAGCGGACAGAAAGUGCCAGCAGUGACAACCACGUGACGGUCACUACUGCAUCUAACACACACAAAUAUGACUCUUUACCACCUUUAUGCGCGGCGGAGCGCAAGCCGGUGUGGUGCCGCUCGUUCCCGCUGUGCCGCUACGGCGCGGCCUGCGCCUUCCAGCACCCGCGCUGCCGCUUCCUGGCGGGCUGCACGCGCCGCGCCUGCCCCUACGACCACGCCGCGGGGGCGCCCGCCGCGCCCGCCGCCCUGCCGCCCACCGUAGCUUCUCACGUGGUGCCCGCAGCGAACUACAAGUCCAUCUCAGGGUCCAUCCCGAGCGUCUGCAAGUAUUACCCCAACUGCGUGAACCCCUCCUGCCAUUUCUACCACCCGAAGCCCUGUCGCUACGGCAAGGCGUGUGUUAACAAACUCGAGUGCAACUUUUAUCAUAACGACACGCCGGCCAAAUUCCGCUAUCCUGUCUAGCAAUAUUCACGUUUUAGUCAAAAAUAUAUUUUAUUUAA